AUGCGUUUUUCUCUGUCCUUCAUGGUGGUUGUUAUGGCAGGAGUUAUAGUCCUAAUUUUAUUGAUGUUACAUACUGUAAAUCAGAAGUCGUCUGGACCACCUGUCAUUGUCAUCAAUGAUAAUUCCAAUAAAGACUUCAGCCUUCCGUUUGACCAAAGAAGAAAGCAAGUGGUUGGUGCACAAGCAUUUCAGCCAAGAGGAAUUGUACAGAGGCAUAACGAAUCAUAUGAUUACAAAAAGGUUUUAGCAAAGCUAAAUGGGGACGGCACUGCAAUGGAUGAACCACGUCUUAUUGAAAUCAUCCGAAAUCAUUUCAUCGUCCCUCCUUCGAAAGAGCCAUACAAUCUCGAAAUCCCUGACAGAUUGGAUUAUUCUAAUGGACAGACACCUUUCAUUGACAGUCGUUUGAACUAUAUAGAAGGAGGGUUCUAUGUUGAAUGUGGAGCUCUGAAUGGAGAAAAAGGAUCCAACAGUUUAUUUUUUGAGAAAGUCCGAAAAUGGAAUGGAUUACUCAUUGAAGCUGAUCCUUCUAACUAUGAAGUCUUGAUGACCAAACACAGAAAAGCCUUCACCAUGCACGCUUGUCUCAAUCCUAAGCCAUAUCCUGCUGUGAUGACAUUCAACAAAGCCUUUAAUAGGGGGAGAGUGGUUCAUAAUCAAGAUGCCAAGAAUUGGAUCAAAAAGCAAAACAUCCAAUCUGACCCCGUACAAGUGCAGUGUCUACCAUUAUACUCCAUAUUGCUGGCCCUCAACCAAACAACGGUGGACUUCUUCAGUCUGGAUGUCGAGGGUGAUGAACUUAGUGUACUCAAGACUAUUCCCUUUGAUAAGGUUAACAUUAAAAUGUUGACAGUAGAAUAUGUCCAUGAUACUGGCCGAUUUUCAGAGUUACAGGCAUUCAUGGAGAAAAAUGGGUAUGAAACACUUCUUCGAAUGCAGAGAGAUAAUGGCUCGGUAAAUGACAUUAUAUUUAGAAAGAAAGGACUAAAUCAUUGA